AUGCGGCCCCCUCUCCCGGUUCGCCUGGAGGUGCCGGAGGUCCUGGUGGCCCGGGAGGUCCUGGAGGUUCCGACUCGCCUAAUGGGUCUCCUUCUGCUGGGUCUCCCGGUGGUCCAGGUGGUCCAGGUGGCCCAGGCGGCCCCGGUGGCGCUGGCGGGUCUGGUGCGCCAGAAGAACUCGGCCCUGGCUCCGCUGGCGGCCCCGGGGGCGCUGGUGGUCCUGGAGGUCCCGGCGGUGCUGGCGGAUCCGGCGGAUCUGGCGCCAUGGGACCGGGUGGCGCUGGUGGCGCUGGUGGCCCAGGCGGACCGGGAGGGCCUGGCGGCGCUGGGGCGCCAUCCCCCGGCGUUUCCGGCGGCGAGACUGCUCCCGGUGCGGGCGGCGCGGGCGGCCCCGGUCUCCUUCGGCGUUGACCGCAACGACGGCACCCCUCCGACGCCCUGCAGCUUCGUCCAGGCGGGCGGGUCCAAGGCGCGCGUCCUCGAGUCGUCGCCCAAGCAGUGCGGCAAGUACACGGUCAGCUCCGGCUGGAGCGGGCAGUUCGGGCCCGGCCACGGAUUCACCACCCUUUCCGUCAUCGACAAGGCGCAGAAGCUCAUCGUGUGGCCUGCCUACACCGACGCCCAGCUCGCCGGCAUGCAGACCGUCAAGCCGGACCAGAGCUACCCCCAGCACACCCUCCCUUAAAAGACUGCUGACUGAAGCGACACAACAUUUACAAUCACAAACUUCACAUCCUUCCCCUACAGCACAUUUGUAUCCCUUUCAGGCCUUUGAAGCAGGGCAUGUAUUAACAUACCAUCAUCACAUGGUCUGUUUCUGAUCCAGACCCGGGUUAGAGGUUAGGCGUUCCGGUUUGCUAAAACGUUGGACCAAGCAUUUACACAGCGAUUUGGAGCAUACGCAUACGGAGUUCUUAUUAUUCUCAUUGUUCUUUUUAUACCAAUUCUGUUUCUUUUUCCUUCUGCUUGCCUUGCUGCCGCUUGCUUCUCUCUUCAUGUUUUCUCCCGUGUUUUAUGUUCGUAUUUCGGAUGGGUCUUGAAGCACACGGUGGCGUUUGUAUUUUUUUGGGCUGGCAGCAUCAAAAAUUCCUCUCGGUUCCCCCCACGGGGCCUUUGAGUUAAGCGUUGGAAAUCUGCGUCCGUAUUUUCCCUCCACUUAUAUCCCAAACCGUUCAUGCUACACACGAUGUCUCCCAAUGGAACUUGGAACUAGAUAGGCACCCCCACCGCAAAAGAAUGGCAGCUUUACAAGUCCAAAGAUUAGGAUUGUUUUGCCAUAACCUUUACUGUUCUUGUGUUAUUCCUGUUG